GUCAAAACCUGUCAAAAAAAAAUAUCAUUCGAUUCAGUCUACAGUCAUUCAUUUAUUUGUUGAAAGAAUUUACCUUUCAUCAAUCUAUCAAUUGAGAUUUUGAUUAACAAAAACUGUGUACAGCAUUUUGUUAAUAUUUAUUCGUCAUUGAAUCAUUUCCUUAUCCAAUUGUUAUUUUGUUGUGUGUUUGUGCGUUAUCGCAUCGUGUUGAAAUUAUUAUAGAAAAAUAAAAUGAUCGAUGUUAUUUAUUUGCCUCAAAACAAUGAAACUUGAAUUCAACUAGAUCUGUGUCUGUUUUGAGUAGUGAUAUCGUGAAAUCAUUUAUUUCUUGAAAAUUUGAUAUUAUCGAAAUGAUUGACAACAGUUUAAUUAGAAAAUUAGGAGACAGAAAACAAUUUAAUUGUGUUUGAUUCAAACAGAAAACCACUAUACAGGAGAAAUUGUUUUAAAUUGUCAAAAUAAACAGCAGUUUAAAAAUAGAAUUCCAGUGAAACCAUUCGCAAUGCAAUUGCAUUAACAACGCUCGUGAUAAACAAAGAACGAAAAUUGAUGACAAUUGUCUGUAUCGAAUUCCAUGUUUCGUUCAGACUUAAUUUUCUUACUCACUCUCUCUCUCUCUCACUCUCUCUCAAGAGUUCGGCACAAAAAGAACAUUAAGUGAGGAAGCUGCACAAACAUUUCAGUUGUAUGGCCAAUUCACCGAGCGAAAUCAUAACACUGAAUGUGCAUAUUUGCGAUAUCAAAUAAUUUGUGUCUAAAUUGAGCAGAGUAAAGCACUCAGUAAACAGUAACAGCUGAAAAUAAACAAAACAAAUGCUAUACAUGGUUGAGUGAAGACAAUUUAUAUUGAGAGAAUUGGCAUUAAGAUUGACGACAGUGUGACCAGUACAUUGGAUGCAAAACAAACUGUGACAAAAAAGAUAUACGCAUUUAUGUUCAUGGGAUCGAAAGUAAACCAACAGAAAUACAGAAACUGGGAAAUUGGGUGUAUUUUUCAAAAGUAAGCGACUUUUUCGUAUUUUUGAACAGUGAAAUUCUUGUGUUGAGAAUUUUGAAUAAACCAAACAAACAAAAAUUGAAUCGAUUCAUCAAUUUUCUUCCGAAUAUUGGCAUUAUUCAUUAAUGACUAAAAAAUGUUUUUUUUUUGUCUGGAGCGUUUGCUAUUGGUGCACGAACGAAAACCAUUUAGAUACACAAAUUAAUUCGUAAUUGAUAGUUUAUUCCAAAUAAACGACUCAUAACUUCAAUAAAUAAAACGAUUCAAUUCAUAUUCGAACAUGAGUAAUAUUCUGUCACUUGAUGUCAUCAUAUUUUCAAUUCAGUUGAGUUUUGAUGUGUACGCUCCCUAUCUUUCACUGUCUCCGCAGUAAUAUACCAAAUGAAUGAAUAAAUAAACGAAUAUCGCUCUCUCAAACAAAACCAUAUGAAUAUUUGCGUGACAAAUGGUUAAUGGUUAAAUAAGUGCAUAUAUACGGCGGUGGCGGUGGCGGUGAUUGUUUUGAUUCAUUUCUCUUAGUCAUGUUUUCUGUCUUUUUCUUGUUAUCACAUUGCCACCACAACGAACAUUACUGGUAAUGAUUGGCAGUGAAUUAUCACUGCAUCAACGUUGACGUGAUGGUGCGAGCGAGAGCUAUUAUCCUAACCGAAUCCACGACAAGAAUCGAUUCAAUCAGUACAAAGUCCUACAUUAUCAGGAUGAACCGAGAUGAAAAUCAUUGUUGGUACCAUAGAGGUUUGACACGUGAACAGGCUGAAGAUCGUUUGAAAGAAUCGGGAAUAAACGGCGUAUUUUUAGUUCGUGACAGUAACACAUCGCCCGGAGACUAUGUUCUUUCUGUAUUAAACAAUAAUGAAGUAUUUCAUUAUCAAAUUCGGCGUCACGGAGAAGAUGCAUUCUUUUCCAUCGAUGAUCAAACUCCAGUUCAUGGCCUCGACGAGUUGAUCGAACAGUAUCGAGAAUCUUGGGAUGGACUAGUAACACAGUUAGUGGCGAUUGCCUCAGAUGGAUCACUGCCCCCACCUGAGUCGCGACGACAUGGACGUGAAACGCUAUUGCAUCGGGCUACCAAAAAGGGAGACAUUAAGGUUGUAGAGGCAAUGUUACAAUCCAGCAAUCAAAGAACUUUGGAUGCCAAAGACACAGAGGGUCGAACUGUUAUGCACCUGGCAUGUCUUCUUACAGAUAAUGCCGAAAGCAUCCUAGACAAUCUCAUCAGCUGCGGCGCAAAUGUAAAUUGUCGUGACGAAGAGGGUUAUACACCGUUACAUUAUGCAUGCCGAACGCAACCAUUGUCAUUGGUUCGCAAGCUCGUUGAUGCUCAAGCGUUCAUUGAUGCCCGCAAUAAUGAUACCGGACGAGUGCCACUGCAUGAAGCGGCCGGUGCAGGCAAUUUAGAUGUAGUAAAAUUGUUGCUAGAACAAGGCGUUCCACAUCUACCACGCACUAUACGAUUUGAAACACCAGCUCAACUUGCCAGAAGAGGCGGUUAUCCUGAAACUGCUGAGUUCUUGGAAAAUUUCGUGCCACCUUCUCCCACAACAAAUGCAUCUCAAUGGCAACAUGGUACAUUGAGUCGAGAUGAGGCUGCUAGAGUUUUGCGUGUAUUUGUUCGAGAAAAUCGUGAGAAUCAGGAUGCAACAGGGGCGUUUUUAAUACGAUUUUCACAACGAGAACAUGCAUAUAUUUUGGGUUUACUCAGUGAAGAUAAUGACUUCAGGAAUUAUGUCAUACAACAAAGUAAUUCUCCGAAUCAUUAUUAUUUCAUCGACGAAGGACCGUAUAUGUUAUCAUUAGAACAUUUGGUUCAACACUAUAUGAAAUUUGCCGAUGGAUUACCAACCAAAUUGCGAUUUCCAGUGGCACCGAAACCAAAACCACCACUUCCUCCAACAUCAAUACAAGAUCCAAUGCUUAAAGUUAAAUCGAGUUGUCAUCAACUGCUGAAGUCGGUCAUUUCAAGAGCCUCAACCAGUAGUGGCCAGUCAUCAUCGGGUGAAGCGUCGAACGCCACUCUAAUAAGCCGCGAACGAAAACUCUCAAAAGAUGCUGAUGCAUCGGCAAAAACGCCACCACAAAUGAAAGAACGCAAUCUCUCACUUCCGUCCGAUGAUUUGAUGAACCAAGUUGGUCUAUCCAGUCCAGCGAUAUCGAUGAAUUCACUACCACCGCUCAUUGAUGCAACAUCACCAAUAGGAACCAAACCGAAGAAAUCUCCCAAGAAAACAUUUUCACCAAAUUUCCUAAGCUUGAAACUACCGAAAAAGAGUAACAAGUACAAGUCAAAGUCAACCAAUGAUAACAUGGACAGUGCAUCGAACCUCCUGGCUAACGAUCCGAUUUCUAGAACAUUUAGCAGUUUAAGCUUCAAGUCGGACGUCAAUGUCGAUUUGAAUGAUUCCGUGUAUAAUAUUCCAAACAAUAUACCCGUUUCUGGAGUUGAUGAUAACCAAAAUCUCAGCAUACUGUCGUCAACGUCCACUCUGCCACUAUCAAUACGAUUAAAUCCCAACAGAAAGGAUAGCCAUCCGGAUGUCGAUUACAUGCAAAAAUUUACACAAAGUGAUAAACAGAUGUCGGCGGUAGAUGAUGACACUUACGACAAAGACAAUUCCAUAGAAGAAAUUUAUUUUGUUGAAGCACCAACAAAAGUCGUGCCUAUCAAUUAUGUUGCAUUCAAGCAAGUCCCAUUUUUUCCAUCAUCAAAUAGCGUAGCCGAUACAUCAAAUAACAAUGCGGUAAAUAAUAGUUUAGUGAACAACAACGCAUUUACAAAUACCCUGACACGUGCCGACCGUGUUCUAUCGGUCGAGUCGAGUCUCAGUAAUGAUCUCGACUUGAUGUUGGCACUACAGAGCCAAUCCUAUUCAAAUGGGAAUAUGGGAAACGGCAGUCCAAAUUACUAUAUACCAAGGCCAAGCAUUGAAUUGGAUAGUGCGCUUGGCCAGGGCGAAUUCGGAAGCGUCUACAAGGGACACAUGAAAUAUGAAACUCAGAAUGGAGAAUCACAAAAUAUUCCGAUUGCCAUAAAAACUCUACUCGACGAGCACUGCAAAGAAAAUCGUAUUGAGUUUUUGCGCGAAGCCAGCGUUAUGGUAAAGCUGUCCCAUCAUUGUAUAGUUAAAAUGAUUGGAAUUUCGAAGGGACCUCCAUUGAUGAUUAUCCAGGAAUUAGUAUCCUUGGGAUCCUUAUUGGACUAUUUGAAAACAAACAGCGAUAAUAUCAAAUCGGGCUCGGAACUGAAAAUCUGGGCAUCACAAAUUGCAUGUGGAAUGAAUUACUUGGAACAACAACAUUUCGUGCAUCGGGAUCUAGCAGCUCGAAACAUUCUAUUAUCAUCGGUUCAUCAGGCAAAAAUUUCUGAUUUUGGGCUGUCGCGUGCUCUAGGGGCUGGCAAUAAUUACUACCAAACAAGUGGAGGUGGAAAAUGGCCACUUAAGUGGUACGCACCUGAAUCAUGUAACUACGGUACAUUCUCACAUGCCAGUGAUGUUUGGUCAUUUGGGAUAACCCUAUGGGAAAUGUUUUCAUUUGGCGAAGUGCCGUACGGUGAAAUGAAGGGCGUUGAAGUCAUCAAAAUGGUUGAAAAAGGCGGCCGUCUAACAAAACCAGAGCAAUGCCCGAAUAAUGUGUAUGAAAUUAUGUCCAGCUGCUGGAAUUACAGCCCAAAAGAUCGGCCAACAUUCCGUUUUCUCACUGAAUUCUUCGCCAACGAUCCAGACUAUCAAAAUCUGAUUGAACUCAUUAAAACACAAAACAUUUACUAAGUAUAUUUUGCUUUGAUUCUGCAUAACAUAUAUAGCGGCGGUAGUUUUUGGUAGAUUUUCAUUCAAAAUACACAAAAAAUGAAAAAAACAUCGUGCCACAUAGAAAGAUGUGCCAUGUACAGAAAAUAUUAUCAAAAUUACCGCAAAAUAUCUUGAAAUAUUGGUUACUAAAUGGCGAUACCGAGUAGAAGUUUAAAAUUACGUAACGAUGCAAACGUUAUUAUUGUAAAGGAAAAAUAGCAUUUUUUUUUACACACAUAUUGUUUUUACACAAUAAGAAAUCAUGAUUCCAACAAGAUAUUUAUUUUUUAUUUAUUUUUGUUUCUCUUCAAUGAAAAGUUGUUGGAAUUUUUGCAUGCAGUAAAAUGAAGGGCGGGUAUUAUUUUUGAAUCUCUUUAUGUAGAAAUGUUUCAUAGCAGAAGAGACAUGAACACAUUACUAUUUACUUCUAUUGUGAAUAUCCGUUCUUUUUCCGCCGUUCAUUUAAAAUUUAAAAAAAAUUGUUCAAAAAUAUGUUAUUUUAAGUAUUUGUUUUGUAUUAGUUUAUGUGGUACAAUAUAUAAUUGUAAGAAUGUAGACGAUGGCAAGGUUUUAAAUAAUAAACACAGCAAUAAUAUGAAA